AUGCACGAGGAAGAGUGGGAGCAAAACCGCCUGCUCGCUUCGUCCGCUCGCGCGUUCGCGCAAUCCGGAGACGUUAUCCCCCUUCGCCCCGAAGAAUUCGCAGCCAUAAUCGGAGUCCCCUUCCAUCCUCCCGAGUACACAGUGACGAACAGCGGCAUGCGAAUGCGUGUCCCCGUUCUCACUAUCUCCGUCGGACCCAAAACCACGCUUCUUGCCAUCCUCGCAUGUCGCACGACGUCCAGAUCAGACUGUUUGAUCGUCCUCUUCUUGACGCCCCAGCCACAGUCGCUCGUGCACCUCGUCGGACAAUACGUCAGGGCUGCGGCCAGCGUAGGGGAGAAGACGGGGGAAACCACAUUCAGCCGCUACCGCGCAAUCACCCUAUCGACGCAACAUCUCUCCCAAUCGUGCAUGACCACCGUCUACGUCCCCUAUCGCCUCCCCCAUCACGAGUUUGUCCCCGACCUCGCGCCAAGACACGCAGACUACUUCGGUCCGUGCACGGUCGAGCUGCUCCCAUGGGUGCGCACCCGUCUUCAACGCGCCGGAUACGUCCUGCAGCGCGAUGGGGACGACGACGAAACCAUGGCCGGUCCGUGGAUCUUCGACAACGAGCAUGACGAAGACACGACGCUCGUCCUCGUUGACGCGGAUGGUCGGAAGGAGGCAAGCAUACACCUCGGGCUGUGCUUCUGCCAAACGCGCUGCUGUGCGCACUCUCGGCAAACACAUUCCGAGCGAGCCCCGCAGUGGUCGCUUAGCGCGACGGUGUGCGCGUCUGGUCGGGGCGCGUCUUCCAGUACCCCGGGCAAGCGCGGCGCGUACGUGAAGAGGCACAUCCGUGCUUGGGAAGAUGGCGCGAAGGCUUUCAAGAGCGCGUCGGCCACAGUCACGCUGCGAUUCGCGUUGCUGUCGGACGUUGGGGAGGUCACGCGCUACUCUUUGGACAUCGACGUCCAGAGGCGACAUGGGCCUGCGCCCUCGCUAUCGAGCCUCUCACUAGGCCACGCGGCCAGCAGUUCCGCAGAGCUCAGCUCUAGCAGUGUAGGGGCCAACGGGUACUCCCCAGACCGCGUCGAGAGCAACGAAGAUGAGACUGAGGGGGAGGUCCUGGGAUACAUAGGACAGUACGGCUCGUGGUGA